AUGGUUGGUAAUGUUAUAUUGAUAAUAUUUAUUUGUUUCACUAUUAAUUCAAUCGCAAUUGGUCAUUUUAUGCGACAAAAUGAUAUCGAUGAUGUUUCCAACUCUAGAAUUAAACCUUAUUUGAAGGAUUUAAAAUUUGAUAAUAUAACAUAUUAUUCGUAUCAUAUUCAUGUAUAUUUUUUACAAAACGAUUCUAAACAACGAAAUGAAGCUAAUCAAUUACGAAAUCAAUUUCUUGCUAAAUUUAAUGUUAGCAACUGUAAUGAUCAUUGUGAAACAUGGUGCCCUCGAAUUUGUCAUUGGAAUUUAAAUAUGUCACCCGUUGGGCCACAUCCUAUUGGUUCAUGGGGUGUCUAUAUACCACUUGAACAAUUCACACAAACAAUUUCAUUUAUAUCAACGUAUCAUGGUAAUCUAACUGUUUUGAUACAUCCAAAUUCAGGUCGUCCUAAAAUUGAUCAUCUUAUCAAUGGCCUUUGGAUCAAAUCUAUCUUACGACUUAACGAAAUUCGUCAAGCAUUUUCAUCUGUAGAUGAUGAUAAUGAUGGAUUAAUACGUACAAAAGAUCUUCCAACUAUUUUUAAACAGUUCGGAGAAAAUCUUCAAUCAUUUAUUAUCGAAGAAGAUGAAUUAAAACAUUUACUUGAUCAAAAUAAUAUUAAUGAUUCUGAUCAAAUAACAGUAACUCAAUUUCUAACGUUGAUUGCAUGUAAAGUAAAUGUAGAUGAUAAUAUUGAAGAAUUACAAGAAGCAUUUAACAUUUUUGAUCCAACAAACACUGGUUUUAUUACUAUGAAAGAUCUUUUACGUGUCAUGCAAAGUAUUGGUGAAAAUAUAUCCGAAGCUGAUGCUCAAGAAAUGAUCCGUCAUGCUGAUCGAGAUUUAAGUGGAAAAAUUAAUUUUGCAGAAUUUAUUGAAAUGAUUCGAUAUUCAUGA